AUGGGUUUGGAGGCAUUGGUUUGGUAUUGUCGGCCUAUGGAAAAUGGGGGCUGGGCGAAACAAGAGGAUAGUGCGUUUGGUGCUUACACACCCUGUGCCAUUGACUCCCUAGUCAUUUGCAUUUCUCACCUUGUUCUUCUUGGCAUGUGUUCGUAUCGAAUAUGGUUGACUAUUGACAACAAUUCCAAAGCUGAAAGAUAUUGUCUCAGGAGAAAUUACUAUAAUUACAUGCUGGGUUUGUUGGCUGCUUAUUGCACAGUUCAGCCUUUAUUAAGGUUGUUUAUGAGUGUCUCAAUCUUCAAUCUGGAUGGCCAGAUUUCCAUUGCUCCUUUUGAGAUGGUAUCCUUCAUUGUUGAGGCCCUUGCCUGGUGCUCCACUCUUAUUAUGAUUGGUUUGGAAACAAGAAUAUACAUUCGACAGUUUCGAUGGUAUGUGCGGUUUGGAGUCAUUUAUGUGUUGGUAGGAGAAGCGGCAAUGCUCAAUCUCAUUCUGUCAGCGAGUGACUACUACAGUAGAUAUACAUUGUAUAUGUACAUGAGCACGGUUUUUUGCCAGGUUUUGUUUGGGAUUCUUCUACUUGUUUAUAUUCCGAAUUUGGAUCCUUAUCCAGGUUAUGUUAUGUUGCAACCAGAGUCUCUUGAUGAUGGUGAAUACGAAGCACUAUGUGGAAAAAUAUGUCCUGAGAGGCAUGCCAGCUUAUGUUCCAUUGUUUCAGAUAGCAAAAGUAAUGAAACUGCAUGUUGGCUUGAGACCAAAAGUGUGCAAGGCUAUAAAAGACCUAUUACUGAGAAGGACGUCUGGAAGUUAGACACAUGGGAUCAGACUCAGACAUUGAUCAAAAAGUUUCAGACUUGUUGGGUUGAAGAAUCUCAAAGGCCAAAGCCAUGUCUCUUAAGAGCACUAAAUAAUAGCCUUGGGGGAAGGUUUUGGUUAGGAGGAUUGUUUAAGAUUUGCUAUGAUCUUUCUCAAUUUGUGGGACCUAUUGUGUUGAGCCAUCUCUUGCAGUCGAUGCAACGAGGUGAUCCAGCUUGGAUGGGUUAUGUCUACGCCUUCUUAAUUUUCCUUGGGGUGUUUUUCGGUGUGCUAUGCGAAUCUCAGUUUUUCCUGAACGUUAUGCGUGUUGGUUUUCGAACGAGGUCGACUUUGGUAGCUGCUAUAUUUCGUAAAUCCUUGAAACUAACUCAUGACGGCCGAAAGAGCUUCCCAUCAGGAAAGAUAACAAAUAUGAUCUCGACAGAUGCCACUGCACUUCAGCAAAUAUGUCAACAACUUCAUGGAUUAUGGUCUUGCCCGUUUCGUAUCACCAUCUCCAUGGUUCUUCUUUACCAGCAAUUAGGCAUUGGUUCCCUUUUCGGUUCACUGGUGCUUGUUCUCAUGGUUCCCGUACAGACAAUGUUGAUGAGCAAAAUGAAAAAACUAAGGAAGGAAGGAUUGCAGAGGACUGACAAAUGA